GAUUCGAUCUGCCGACGUCGGAGUAAGCACGUCGCUAUACGUGGAAGCCGAGGUAUUAAAUUAGCCCGCCAAUUGCCAAACAAGCUCUGAGGAUCAUAAAAAUCCCCAAUUUCUCUCUCUCCUCCAGCCAGAUCCACUCCACAAAACACCAUCCAUCGAAUCAUCCAACCCAGCCCAGCAACACCAAAUCAAUCAAUCAAUCAAUCGAGCUCGCCACGAUCCCCCGACCCCGAUCCACCUCCACUCCUCCCUAGGGUUCGCCGGCCAUGUCCUCCUCCACCGCCUCCUGGUCGCGCCACGGCGCCGUCCCGCCCUACUCCCCGCCGCCACCGCCACCGGCACCGAUACUCGAGCCCAACGGCGACGCCGCCGACCCAGCGCUGCCCUCCUCGUCCUCCCCACCACCCCCAACCGCCACCGCAGCCGAAGCCGGCGUGGCCUUCUUCUCCCGCGCGGGUGUCAGCGCGUCCGCCGCCGCCGCCGUCGGCCGGCCGCGCGCGUGGCGGGAGGCGCUGGACGCGACGGCGUUCGCGCGCCCGGAGAGCUGCGGGGAGGCGCGGGCCCGCGCGCGCCGCAACCUCGCCUACUUCCGCGCCAACUACGCGCUGGCGGCGCUGCUGCUCGUCUUCCUCGGCCUCGUCUACCGCCCGGCCUCCAUGCUCGCCUUCCUCGCGCUCUUCGUCGCCUGGCUCGCGCUCUACUUCGGCCGCGCCCAAGACCGCCUCGCCUGCCUCGGCCGCGAGGUCGACGACCGCCUCGUGCUCGCCGCCCUCGCCGCCGCCACCGUGCUCGCCGUUGCGCUCACACGCGCGGGCCUCAACCUCCUCGUCUCCCUCCUCAUCUCAUCUGCCCUCAUCGGCGUGCACGCCGCGUUCCGUAUGAACGUGUACCUUGACGAGAGCGACGCCUUCGACGCCGCCGUCUCGUCAUUCACCGGGAGCCCCUACGGCUACAGCGCGCUCCCCAGAUGAGCCCUUGAAAAACUUUCCUUCUGAAGAAUGCAAAUUAUUAGAGGGACUUGAAGGAUGCAAACUAGAGGAUUUUUCGUCUCGCUCUUCUCAUCUCUUCUUCGAUAAUAGAAGAUGUAAUGCUCUCGGAUUUCAACACUUGUAGUCUAAAUCAUCUUGUGUAUAGGAUUUGUUUUUUUCCCCUUUUGUGGGGACUUUCGAUUUGUUCUAGUACGUACCACUUGUUGUUUAUGGAAAAUUUCAAGCCGGUUGUGUUGAGCUAAAGGGAAAUUUUGUAAGUUGUUGCUCCAAGGUGCAGGCAAGUGUAAAUCAUCCAUCCAUCCAUCCCACUGACUAAUUCUGGAAAUAAAGCUUCUCAAGUUCAGUGUA